AUGCGGAUCCUAGUCCAAGAACCGAUUAGUAGUUUAAAUCACAGAUCACUUCAUUCGAGUACCUCUAUGUGAACACCGCUUUACCGGUAAAGUUAAAUCAUCAGUUUACCUAAUGAUUUGGUUUUUCGUCUUACAGGCCUGAAAGUUUUACUCGGUGACGACGGACUAAAAGUUUCCGUACAGCUGUCCAGACUCUAUCGGUUGUCGUAUGAUCGUUUCGACGACCGCGACAACGGUUAUCCGAUGGCUAGGGACGUUCUGAUUAUGCUUUGGCUCCGGCUAAUAGAGGCCGCCACGCACACGUUCACCUUACUCAUCCACGCCGAUUUGAAACUCAAUUACCAAGUACGUGAUUCAUUGCGUUGCAGUCUGUAAGUCUUUACCGCGUGCCAUGUCGUGCUGUGUUUCAACCAAAUUUGACCUAUCCCAAUCUGACCGUUUGUAAUAUUAUAACGAAAAAUAGUUAGAGAGGGAAAAAACAUUUGAUAAAAAUAAUAUUAUAUUUUAGUAAAAUAACGACCGAUUAAUAAUCAUCAUUAUGCGCAUUGUAAUAAUGUUUGCACAAAGUUGAGAAAAAAAAAAUGCUCUUCCCUUUACCGUAUUUAUUACAUCAUCUUUGCUGGUAUUCCGCUAGUCAUUAUGAUCUGAUGAAUAACGACCGAGUGAUAAUGUCUAGUCCUAUUCGCACACAAAUAUGUGUAGUAUUUGUAGUAACAAUGUUUUUUUUUCAGUAAAAUAAAAAUUAAUAAUAAUAUCUAUAAAUACAUUUUGAUAUCAUACAAAUUAUUAUUAUCAUUAUUAUUAUUACUAUCCAAAUGAUUUCCACAACAUUACCGUUUAUUGGCAAUAUUAACAGGAUUUGCCAUGUGCGCAGUUUUAUAUUUUCUUUACCAUUUCGUAAUAAUAUUAUAUUCAUUCAGCCUUUGUCAUAUUACUUUUUUUUUUCGUUUCAAGUUCAAAAUUAAAAUAAUGAUAGGGGAGAAACCAGUAGGAAUACGAGCACCACUGGGUAGACUUCCGCCUAAGAUAGGAAGACUGUGCAUAAAUUCAUUCGACAAUUUGAGUCUCUACGAGUGUUCGUAACUGAAUUGCAACAAAAAAUAAAAAAAUAAUUUAAAAAUAAAAAUAUUCGUAUUAAUUUUCGAGUCUAUUUAAGCAAAUUUGAGUCCAGCAUUUUCGAGUCACUUUGUAAGCUUGGAUAUAGACAUUUAAUACAGUAAUAUGAGAACAAAGGACGUAGUAAUGUACACGAUAACGGUUACCACCUCUACGUCUUCCGACUUUAUUGUACACUAAUUAUGACGUAUUGAACGAUGGUACUUAACGAUUUCUAUUCUAGUAUAUUCAUUUAUAAUCGUACUGUUAUUUUGAUGUUAUUUUUGAUCAACAUGCACAAUAAAAUGUAAUUAUGAAACUAUCUUUAAAAUAGCCUACAAUUUAAAUAUUAUUAUUUGAUGAUUAAAUUUAAAAUAUAUUUUAAUUUUUUUUUUCGUGUAUUUAGAACAUGCUAGUUAAAUUCUAAAUUAAACUUUAACCAAAAAAAAAAAAAAACUCAUUUUCAACUGAAAAAUUAAUAUGAAGAUUUUGACACCGAUUUCUAUGAUAUCUGACGAAGUGAAUAUGUCAGAUUCAUGGACGUGUAUAUUCUUCAAUAAUUAUAAAGAAGACUACGAGAAAAAUCAAAAAAUAACCUGCUCAGUUAGCUACCAGAAACUAAGAGUUGAUCAGAAUCUAUAAGCCCUAAAGAUGAUUAUCAGAGCAAGAUUUCCGAUAGAAAAUCUGUUCACAAAUAGAGAGAAAAAUAAAACUAUUUCACAAAAAAAAAACUUGCAUUAUAGUAAAACCGAUACACCGCGCUCGGAAUCUAAAAACAAAUUUAAAAAAGACUUUAUAGUAAAACUUUACCACCGUGUGCUUCUUUAAACCGCAGCACACGUGCAUACAACUUAAAAAAGUCAAUUAUUUAAUAUUUCAUUCGUUUAGCGUAAUAUUAUAUUCGUGAUUUAUAAUCGUAUAUGUAUAUAUACACACGUUAAUACCGCAUACCUAAUAUUAAAAAAUAAAUUUAUACUCAAUAACGUAAUAUCAUAUUAUAGUCCGACCUAACCUAUACGCGUUUAUGGUAAUAGAGUUUAUAGUUUUUUCGUCGGUUUUGACGGCCCAGCAAUUAUUAUAAUAUUAUUAUAAUCGUAAUGAUCAUCAUCCCGUCUUCGCCCCGCAGACGUGAUAAUGUAACGCGGCGCUCACGUGUGCAUUACAAUAAUAAUAUCCGAAUAGAAAGUCAAUAUUAUUAUUAUUAAUAAUUCGUUGCGCAACUUCAAAAAGUUUCCACGAGCGAACGACCCACGCGGACGAUACGCCUAUAUUAUAUAUUAUACUUAACAUGUAUACAUGUACGGUACAGGUUGAUUACACAUUAUCACGAAUCAUCAGCCAAAGUAAUAGUUAUAUUUACGGAGGUUUUUCAUAAAUUUUAGUAACCUAACCUAACCAAGGUACUUAACUCGCAAAUAAUAAUGAUACAUAAAAAAAAAAAAAAUAAUAAUUUAUGAGCUGCUAUUGGGGACGGGUACGAGCCACUAAUGUAGGUGGGUAGUUGGGAAGAAGGUAUACAUAAUGUUAUUUAAUUUUUCCCAUUAACCAACAGUGAACCAUGGCUGACGAAAGACGAUGCGGACCGAAGUUCGGUUACACAAAACGUUUUGAAAAGUUGUAAUAUUUACGGUUUUUGUUAAAUUUGUUUUCAAAACUCCUAUAAAAAAAUAAAAAAUAAAAAAAAACACUAUAUUAAACUCAAUUUUUUUUAAUCGCUAAGUACUACGUCUUAUAAUAAGCCUCUUGUUAAAUGUUCAAGCAUUUCUGUUUAAUCUAACACUUUUAACCACGGAGUAACUACUAAAUAAAAAUUACGUAAAAAACUCGGAAAAUUAAAAUGUUUGUAAUUUACAGCUCGAAAAUGGCUUAAAUGUUUUAAAAUUGUUUUUCUGUUUAUCCCUACGUUUUUCUACUUUAUUUUGUUAUUAUUAUAUUAAUGCCGCUUGGAAAAUUAAAAAAUUACCUCUCUAAAGUACCAACUAGAUACAAUUUUACUAUAUAUAGAAAAGGCAAAUCUAACUUUUUUGACAAAAUUUCAAUUCCUUACGAUUAUUUUUAACCAAAUUAUCACAUUAAAAUAAUAAAUUUAAAAUGAUAAAAAAAUUAUUUUUGAAAAUUUUUCCAUAAUUACUACGUAUUUUUCGGUUUUGCUCAAUUAUUUAAAAAACUAAAUAAUUAAAAAACAACUUCCUUGGUUACCAAUUAGAUUGAAAAGCCAACAAAAAAAUAUUUAAAACAAUAUUUUUGGUAGAAUACAGAGGCCGUAAAAAUUUUAAAUAUUGAAAUCGUUCCGUAGUAAUUUGAAAAAAAUUGUAUUUUUCGUCCUUUUUCGUUUUUCCCAAUUAUUUUCAAAACUCCUUGAAAAAUCAAAAAAAACCUCUCUAAUUCAUCAAUGAGACAAAAUUACUUUUCAGAAAAGGUACUAUACUUUAUAGUUUGGACGAUUUCUGGUAGAAUAGUUUUUUACCGAUAAAAAAAUAAAAAAAAAAAAAAAAAAAAAAAAAUAAAAUACACGUCAUAGUAAAACCAAUAGAUCCUUCGUUAUGCUCCGAAUCUAAAAUAAUUAUAUUUUCGAAUUUCAAAACAAAAACCUAGGCGGUGCUAUUUAUAUUUGCAUAACCAAAUCUAAUCCGGGAAAUGAUAUCUAUAAUUUUCAACAACUACUAAUCCCAACAUUAUUAAACCUGGAUAUUUGAAUCGGCAAAUACUUUUUUAUAGAUUUCCUAUAUGGAUGACAUAAUUAUUAGCUUCUUGUCAAUUUAUCAUAAUAGUAAAUCGUUUAUUACUAUUAUUUUAUCGUUACCGUAUUUCAGGACACAUUAUCGAAAUUGUCUGCCGAAAACCGCAUGGACGACGGCACAGUUUUUGUUGCCGAAACUACCGAACUCCUGACGAAAUUACUGCUGCCUUCCAUUCCGCCCUUGUCCGACUCUGUCGCUUCCAUCGACGAUACUGUCACUGCCGGCGUUCUAGCCGAAUUUUUAACCGACGACGCCAACAGUUACGAGACUGGCGUUUGGUUGCAGAAAGUCCGCGCCACCAUAAUCCGCGCAGAACUGAUAUCCGUGAGUAUAUACGAAGUCAAUCGGCAUAAAUGCGCUACGAGGAUGUAUUUUCGCUCAAAAAGCAAUAAAUAAAAAUAUAGACAGCAGAAGUAUCCCAGACGUAAAUUAUACUCCACUGGUUGAAGCAGCCUAAUCUGAUCUAACCUUAACUAACUUUUUUUUUUUUUUUUUCUAAUCAGCAAUACUCCAGUGCACCCAGGACCACCGUUAGGCAUUGCUUUGGGUGCACUGGCCACUAUCGUUUAUUUACAAUAUGAUACAAAUAUGUGGCUGCACCACGUCAAAAAGGCCUGUUUUCCCCUGCGGCGGGGCAGGCUAACAACAAGUAAAUACAAUACGAACAACAUGCAAAAAAAAAAAAAAAAACAACAAAAUUAAUAAUACAAAUAAUACAGUGGUAGUAAAUGGCGUUAUAGCAAUCUUCCAAUCUGCCGCCGGCGCUCAUCCUCCUCCCUUGCUGCCAUGACGUGGUUGCAGAACGUCCUUACCGCCUCCCACGACCUUUUGGACGACAGCAUAGCUCCCACCACCGUCUCCGGAGCUAGGUCGCCACCGAUGUCGACCUCCAACUUCCUCCUCUCCUGCCACCUCCUGAAAACUUCCUCCUGGUCCUCUGCGUCCCUCGUCACGCUUCUCGGCUCCGUGCGCCUUGCGUGCCGCCGCCGUCUCUCCUCCGCCAGCAGGUGAACGGGGAUCAUGCCCGCGAUGACGAGUACGGCCGGCGUGGACACCGUCCAAUACGCCAUUGCCACCCUCAGGGCGACUGUCCUCUGGGGCCGCUGGAUGACCGCGAUGUUCGAUUCGAACACCAUGGCCCCAGCUUAGACGGGAGCCGCGUACAGGGCAAAGCUGUCCACCACCGACGCCAGGAGCCUCCGUUUCCUCUGCUGAGCGCCCCCGACGUUAGGCAUGAUUCGCCAUAGCGCCAUCGCCGUCUUCUGCGCCCUCGCCGCAGCUGCCUGCAGAUGGGCCUUGAACCCCAAGGUCCUGUGGAGCUGGACGCCGAGGUACUUUAUCGCCUCCACCGUGCGAAUAGGCACCCCGUCGAUCGCAAAAGAGGGCUGGGCAUAACCCCUUUUGGACGUUAGAACCACCGCCUCGGAUUUCUCCGUCGAAAGCGCCAGCCCGUUUUCCUUCAUCCACUCCGUGACCCUGGCCCGGUGGCCACGACGGCCAGAUCGUCGGCGAACGCCACGAGCGACACUGACGACACUCCCGGUACGUUCCCGCCGGGGUCUACCUCGAGAAGACCGUCGUAUAAAAUAUUCCACAGGAGCGGGCCCAGGACCGAACCCUGCGGGACGCCACACGUGAGGGUCCUCGUAACGCCGUUGGACCGCAGGGUCCUGCCGCUCAAGUAGCUCCGGACGAUCUUCGCGACGUAGACCGGGGCGUUCUUCCUCCUGAAUGCCCUCUCGAUCCUAUCCCAUCUCGCCAAAUUAAAAGCAUUCUUAACGUCCAGGGUGACCACCGCGCAGAGCUCCCGUUUAUAUAGAGGUCCAGAGGCCGCGGCGUUGACUAUCUCCAUGACCCUCUGCACGGCGUCGACCGCGGAGCGGCCUUUCCGGAACCCGUACUGUCGGUCACUGAAUCCUCCGCCGUCCUCGAUAACUUCUUCGAUUCUUCUUUUAAUCAGCCGCUAAAAAAACUUGCCCACCGAGUCCAGCAGGCAGAUCGGCCGGUACGCUGACGGACUGUCGAGAGGCUUGUCGCCCUUCCGGAGGAGCACAAGCUUCGCCACCUUCCACCUCUCGGGGGGAUCUCCUCGCCCGCUGACCUAGUGACUUCCGCCCUGACCGUCUCCACCUGGGCGGCAUCUCCACGCACCUCUAUCAACAGGCCACCCAUCCUGCACUGCCUCAUGCCGAUGAUGCGGUCACCGAUGACCUCCUGCUUGACGCCGGAGCGAAUCUUUUUGGCCAGUUCCGGGUACUCUUCCCGGCUAACCUUAACCAUGACGGCCGCGGGUCACGCCCGGGAUGCCCUCCUUGGGGCCACUACCGGCCCUGCUGUCGCCGUUGCUUUUCCCGCCCGGGCUUAACCUUAACUAACUACUGACAACUGAUAACUACUUGUUUAGGGAGCCGAAACGAUCGAUACGAUAAUAUUAUUCGGUCGGCGCCGCUUCGAUGUACAAUUCGGACCGGAUUUCGAAGCUGACCUAGAACCGUACACGCUAACGGACAUGGAUGCCGCCGGAAUAAGAUUGGCGCUGAGGUAAUACAACUGCGAUACGAUUUUCUCGGUAAAGAAAUAGAUUUUCACGGCUCAAGAAGCCCAAGUAAAUGUUUCACUAUUCACCCCCAUCCCAAAUUUGAUAAAAAAAAGAACAUUCUCUCCUCCAAAAACGAAACGAACAGCAACGGAUUAAUUGAAAUUAUUCAUCUGAAUACAAUUAUUGUAAUAUAAUCGAUUUCGCUUUACUCGAUCCGGGUGAACGUGUGUGGGUGAAAUAGUAAAAGUUAGAACUUAUAUUGUGUAAAAUAAGACAGUGGUUACCUAUUCUUAUCACAGUGUUUCGUAUGCGUGAUGCACCAUUUUGGAUAAAUAAUGACGGUUCCUUUCAACAACCAAUCUGAAGCUCGCACUAUCUUAUUAUACAUAUAAUAAUAUAGGCUUUCUAGAAAAGGUCGUUUACGAUCGAUCCGAUUACCGAUGGUUUGAUUUUUGGCACACUGUAGGUACGGGUCGAGCUUGGGGCUUGUUUCCGAAGACUCGGUGGUGGCCACCGAACUCGCACGGCUGAUUUGCUGCGAUGCCGGAACGCAGCAGCUGUCAGAAUCGCGACCGUUCGACUUCACUACCUGCGCGCUUUUCGUGGCUUCCCGCGGAUCUAGAAACAAGUAAGUUUGUAACACGUCUGAGUAUCAUAUAAGCAUUCUGAUAUUCGUUUUAACAUCCACGAGGUAUUCCCUGUUCAUGAUAGGUCCAUUUAAAUCUUGCGGGUGGGAAAGUGUCGUAUUUGUGUUCUUCUUGUGAUCAUAGGAUAUCAAUUUAUUUAUUCUUAAAAAUCUGUUAUGGUAUCUCAGUGGUCUAAAACGGCACUAAUUAACUAUCGUUUUUAGUUUCAAAAUAUCGGCGAUCACAGUUAAAUUUUUUUUUUAGUUAUUUUUUCUCCUGUAACCUAUUCGGUUUGGUUUUGUACAACAAAUCGAGUAAUUUUUUUAAUUUCGACAUUCACUUCUGAUUGGAGGUGGCCCAAGGCCUUCAUAAAAAGUAAUUUGAAAUCGAAAAUAUUAAUAAUGGCAACACAAUACGAAUAUUGAAUAGGACACAGCGUGGUAUAUUUGAAUCAACCAACCAGAAUCGACUUUAUGUCAAAAUGGAUCUCAGAAUGCCAAUAUAAGUCCGGGGGUUAUUUAUAAAAUACUACAUCACAUAUUAUACUUAGUAUUUUGGUAUAAUUUUGUAUAGGUGUGCCAAAGCGCGUGCAGUUUUGUUUGGACUUGAAGAAACUUCACAGUUUUAUUGGCCACCGACCUACGAUGUGGACGCCGACAGGAAAGCCGCCUUUGGUCACUUGGUCGAGGGGGUGCUACAACAAGAAUUGCCGGAAGUGUACAAUGCGUUCAAGGUUCGUUGAUCGUAUUUGUGCUACAUUGCCUUUAAACCAGAGGGACUUCUAAGUGUAAGCAAGAUUCGGUGGGAUUUAUAGCACUAUAAAACCAACAAAAUAGCGAUUGAGAAACUUCAUUAUAAGCCUUUAAAAAGCUUUAUAAGCCCUUCAAGUUCUGAAAAAGAACACUUCAAAAUAUUUUUAAAAGAGUUAGAAAAAUAAUUUUUUUUUAACACCGCCGAAAUAAAAAAAAAGCACUUUAAAAUUUUAUAUUUGAACUCGUUGAAACAUGAAAUAAAUAUCUAUAGCUCUCUGCUAGUUUUAAUGUCGAGUCCCAAAAAAAAAAAAAUACAAAAAUCGCUAUAGCCUUCUAUAGUCUACAGUAAUCUUGAUUUUAAACAAUUUCUCGAAGGCGGUUAAAAUAUCUCCAGUUAAGAAUACCACAAUUAAAAAUAUCUUUAAUAGAAAUAUUCCACAGGAAAUAUUAACUGAUCACAAUAUUAUCUAAAAUAUUUUUCACGAUUACAAGUUCUUACGCUAGGUUAAGUUGUGACGUGUGAUACAAAUACAACAAGAAUUAAUCAUGAUGCUCAUUAAAUUAAAUUAUUUUUUAAAUAUUUAAUUAAUUUUUGUUCAAUCGAAACUUUAUUUUAUUUUUUUAAGAGAGAUUGCUCACAGUUUAAAAUUAAUAGGUAAUACAAAUUAUUCAUAUAAAUCCUAGAGAUUUUUUCAGGAGUCGUUUUGUCUAUAAGAGAUUUAUAUUAGAUUUAUUUUUUACCAAAGAUAUUUUUACUAGAGAUAUUAUGGCCGGAGAUAUUUUGACCUGGAACUCUUGAAGGUCGCUUCGGAGGAUUUUCUCCAGGGUUAGAAGGAAGAGUCUUGUGUCUAGUGCCUAGUAGCGGGGGCGUGACCGCCGCCGAGGAAAACGGCACGUCGCUUUUAGAGGUCGGGUCGUGGCUGCCCAGAGGGAAAUAAAACGAAUAGAUUCGAUACUCGAUAAAACGACUUACCAGCGCGGGAAUACGACGUUAAUAAUAUUAUUAUUACCGUAAUCCGCGACGACUGAACAUUCAUAUUUUUUUGGCCCAAAAUCGUCGGUUUCUGUCAUUUAUCGAACAGAUUAAUUAUUAUCACGUUAUUAUGUAAAAUAAUGAUAGUGCAUUAAAAAACGAGCCAACCGAUUCCUCUCCGCCGCGCGCUAUAUCAUCAACGAUACCAAAACGUUGAUAAUGAUGAUUUAUUUGUAUGCGGACGCGCGUACGCGCAGUGUUCCCAGCCGCCAAUUAUAAUAAUAAGUGUGUAUAUCAUUAUUUCCUUCAGGCGAUAUCGUUUUAAACUAAACGUACGUUUACGAAUAUCUUAUAUUAUAAUAUAUUGCGUAACAAAAAAAAAAAUAAAAAAUAGUCAUCGUCUUUCGAACACGUAUUAUUAUUAUUAUAACAGUCAGACAUUGGUAGUGUUCCGAAUAAUAUAAAAAUUAUUUUAUUUCGAACAAAACACUUCUCAGUUUCGUUUUAGAACGUUUAAUACUUAACUUUAAGACGCGUGCUUAUUCCGUGCCGAAAAACACUUUUUCGGUUAGUAAAUAAUUAGUUAGUAUUUUUUCACCCGGUGACGAUGACGGUGACUACUGACAGAUUUUAAACAUUUUUUAAAAUCCCCAAUGCUUAAUAUAUAAUGCAUAAUCAUGCAACCAACCAUCAUAUUAUAACAUCCAUAAUUCUCUUAAGUCAUCUGAAUUUACAUUUACAUAUUUUUUUUUUUUUUAACAUGUAUCCCGAAAUCUUUCCGCAAAGUAUUCAGAAUAUUUUGAAAAUACUAUCGUUGUAAAUCAUUAGAAUAUUCAAUAUAUUCUCAUUAUAUUCUAAAUAAUAUUUUUCAAACGCAUUCGAAUAUAAUUCAUUUUGAAUGCAUCUAAACAGUAUUUUACUUAAGUCUGAUAAUAGUACAGGUCACUGCAAUAGUAGGUAGGUACGAGUAAUCGGCAUGCGCAACGCCCAACGCACGUUCAAUAAUAAUUUGUGUCGGAAUAAAAUAUCGAAAAACACGUUUGUUAAAAUGUAAAUUAUUACACCCGGUGGGACCAGGUACGUACAGAAUAUUGUAUUUUAUAGAAACGCACUGACAACGGGGUUUGUCUAGGUAGGUAUCUAUUUGCAUAACUAUAUAGAUUGCAAAGCUGGACCAGGGGCGGUGGGACACUAGGUAUUGCGAGCAGAGACGUGUUCAGGAAUUAUAUUCAGGAAGGGCGUGUAGUAAAUAAUAAUCGUGUGUAAGUUGUAUGUGUUAAAUUAUAUUGUAUUCCUAUUAUAUAAAAUGGGGUGAUUUUACUAUAGAAAUCCAAAAGUCGGGUCCAAAAACAGUAGGUCUUUAAUCAAUAAUCGAGUUUUUCCUUGUUACUGGCUUAAACUUUGUAACUUUUAAAUACUUGGCCAAUCGAGGAACGCAUUUGUUUUAUUAUGGCAUGGUCUUUUAUAUUUCGGUCAAAACAAAUUUUUUUGUUAUAGAAUUUCGGAUCUGUAGCCGACGUAUUAUUGUAACGGUCAUUUUUUGAUAUUCCUUGCUAACGGAGGAAAAAACAAACAGGAAUAUUUAAAUGACGUAAAUUUUUGUGUAAAAUUGUAUUUGUUUAUCUGAAUAUUCUGUGGGAUCGUAUAUUAAUCGUAGAUAUUUUCGUUUUUUAUCGAAUAAAAUCAUUUUGUAAACGCGGGAUAAUCAAUUAAAAAUAUUUUUUCUUUCAAACUAAGCGUAAGUACAAACAUUUCGGAUUUACAUAAACACUUGAGAAUGUCGAAACCUCAGUCCAUCGCAAUAAGACGUUCGUACAGAAUGUUGAAUAAGCGUUGGAAAAAUCAAAUUUUGAUUUAGUUACUGAACAAAAAAAAAAAAGAAAAAAGGAAAGCGACAUAGGUAACUAAACUCGGUUACUGAAAUAUCGUUGGGUACAACUUCUCCAGAUAUCUGACAUACAUCAUUAUGGACACGCGCUAUCUGCCACAAUAAUUGCAAUGUACCUACUUAAAAAAAAAAAACCGUUUAAACGGUGAUUUAUGGGAAAUAUUUUACGGUAAACAUAAUAUUACGUAUACAACUCGAUUUGGUUCGAUAAAGAUAAUUUAAUCUACACGCAAACACCGACCAGGUGAAUGCGUAUAAUAUAUUAUACAUUUUUAUUGAUGCGUGCCUAAUUUAUUUUCAAUAAAAAAAAAACGGCGUGGACGUGACGGACGACGGUCGUAUAAUAUAAUAUUAUGCGCUCGUACAAUAAACCCACAGUAUAAAUAAUACCGAUCGGUAAAGUAUAAUAUUAAAAUUAAAAAAAAAAAUUCAUUUAUUUCGCGAUGUAAAGGUUAAUAAAGUAUAAAAAAUAAACUUUACACGGGAUGCCGCGUACAAAGCCAUAAACACACCUCUUCGAGUAAAAGUGAAACGUAUCGUGUGUUACAAUAUUAUCCUCGUAGUCACACAAUAAAAUUAUUACCGCCGUGUAAUUAUUUACACGAUUAUUAUUAUAGACACAAGGUCAAGCCGUAACUUGGCUAGGAUUUUAAAUUACGCACGGAAUAUUCUCUGCUCGGAUCUAUAGAUUUUUUUUUUUAUCAUUAUCAAUAAAACCGAUAAUUACGAUAUUUUAUUUCGAAUUUAUCGUCGUCGUAAAUUAUGGCAUUUUAAAAUUAUAUUAUUUAAAUCAGUUUUAGUCUAGUAAAAAGUGGGUAACGACCGCGAGUAGACCGCUGAUAUAUCGACGGGUAGUAUUUGGGAAGGUAGGAUAAUAAAGGGUAAUUUAGUUCGUAACAUACUGUUCGUGACGGUAAAUCAUUGUAAACGAAAAAAAAAUAUACGCGGAAUAGUAUUAGUAGUUUUAGUCGAGUUUUUUUUGCACAGGACACCAAGAAAUCAAAAAAAACACAACCGAUUUAUCGACAUUUAUAGUCGGUUUACAUUGUUUGGAGCAAUUGUUGAAAAUCUAUAUAUAGGGUGGAUGUUUCAUCACGAACCAGCAAUUUCUUCUGGAGAUUUUAAAGUGAAUUUAAUUUUGUUUUUUCAAUCACAAUGGCAUUGUUUAAGCUUAAUUUUAACACCAUUUCAAAUUUAUUCUUCUAUUCUCUAUAUCUCAAAUGAUUAUUUAGAUUUUUCAACAGUAAGUCCCCUCCUUCUAUUAUAGAUUCCAAUUAAUAAUAUUUGUCUAGAUAAUACUGCAUAACUAUAAGCACAAAUAGCCUAAAAUAUUACAAAAAAGUGUGGGGCCCACAGUGGACCCUCUCCAAAUUCCACAGUGGCGUAUACAGAGGGGGAGAGUCCUCUAGGCCCAAGCCCAUAGUGAAAUUUCAGAUUCAAUUGAAACACUGUCAAGCAUAUUGCUUUAGGGUGAAGUAAGAUAUUUCCGUCAUAUAGGUAGUUUCAUGAAUUUUGAUAUUUAAUGUUAAUAAACACUAAACGGUUAACGUAUACACUCGACGAGUGUAUAUCAACCGACAAUAGUACUUUGUGUAAUAUUUGGCACUAUGUAGAUGCUUGCCGGUGAAUAGGUAUGUUCAUUGUGAUUUUAUACUUGUGACUUAUAGCUCUAAAAAAAAGUUAUAAGCGCAAUGAUAUGCUCUUAAAAAAUUUCACGUAAGCGCUUAUAUAUGCACUAAAAAUAUUAAAAUAUGUAAAAAAAUAACUCUGCUGUUACAUCAGAAAAUGGUAACAACUCUUUAAUAUAAUAUAAUUUUUCAAGUAAAAUAAAAAUAAUGCGAUAAUACCCGUUCAAUAAUAUUAUUAAUAGAGACCUCCUAUCAACGGAAUUACCGAGUAAUAACAAUGAUCAGACAAUUUAUCAAUUUUAUUUUCUUUUAAGAUAAUUAUAAACUGAUAAACGCAAAUAUAAUAUUAACUUUGCAGAAAAUUUUCAUUUUUCUUCUUUGAAAUGAUAUAAGCGUCAAAUAGCGCUAAAAACAUCAAAAUAGCAAAAAAACGUCAAAACUUCAAAAUAUGCAACAAAACAUUUUGUAUCUGAUUUCCUGGUUAUCUGAAACAUAUUUGUAACUUAGGUGUUACUAGGACUUUUCAAAACAAAUAUGCAAAUGUUACAAGUCACGAGCCCUGUAAUCAUUACUAACACUCAAACAAAAAUAUCACGAAAUUAAAUAUAUCAAGAGCAUAACUUUCUUUACUAUAAUACCUACAUAAGGGGUGCUAAAUGCUAAAUUUAUUAUAUAAUAUAAUAAUAAAUACGUAUUUCAAAUUAUAAUUCGUUUAUUUGUAUUAUUUAUGUUAUAAUUGAAAACGUUCGGCCCCCUAAAAGUAGCUUUGUUGGUGAUAGAUUGGCCCAUAGUGAAUAUAAUUCAUAUAUACGCCACUCACAUUCUAAAAUUUUAGUAAUAAACAUGAAACUACAAAAUAUUGAUAAUUAUUUUUUUUAUUUCAAUAAAAUGCGACGUUCUGUAUUGGCAAAUUAAUUUACAAUGCCAUCUACAUUUAUAUUAUUUUAUAUAUCUCUUGAUCUCAUUGAUACAACUGAAAAGCGAUCCCGCAUCAUAGUUGACUUUACACAAGUCAAACCGUUUGACAAAGGUUUUUUUCUUUUUUUCAGUAUGUUCAAAGGUUAUACGUUUAGCAGUGUAUUGGAACUUGGAAAUAGCUGGCACAUUACCGUAAUUUUUCCCGUAUACAUAUUAUAUCAUUUUUAUGUAUUUAUAUUCUUAAUGAUAUCAUUAUCGACGAAAAAAAAUUAUCGUUAAAUAAUUUUUUUUGCAAUAGUUUUAAUUACGUAUUUGCGUUUCUUUACAUUUCUAAAAAUGAUAUAUUCUUAGUAUUAAAUACUAACAUUUUAAUUAGGGGACAUUACGCAAUAAUCAAGUGGGACAAAUUCUCUCAAAGACUGCCGUCUAUUGGUCUAUUUGUGCUUAUGUCAAUAAUACUAAUAUAUUAAAUUUACUGUUUGUAAUGAAUAAUAAUUUAAAGGUUAGACCGAAAGGGAAAGGAAGAGUUAAAUAAUUUAUCAUUUAAAAAUUAAUAUGCGAUUUAUUACUCUUUCCUACUCCUCCGGUCAAAUUUUAAAUGGUUAUUAUUCAUAAACAGUAUUGAUAUCAUGUAUAUAAACAUUUUUAUAAAUAUAUUAUACUUAUUUUAGGGUAGGGGACAUAAAAAACUAAACAUUAUUUUCAAAUAAAGUUUAAACGAUUCUAUUUCAGAAAUCCAAUACACUUCCUUCGAAAAAACUACUGGUUCAUGAUAAAAAUAUCACCCUGUAAACAACUUUUAAUGUUAAACUUGAAAUUUUCUUACCUAUGGAAAAAAUGUUUUCUAAAAAAAACAAAAAAAAAAAAAUUAUAAAAAACCACUUUAAGGGUGAACUGUUGAAAAUUUAGUUAAAUAAACUACCUCACGGGACAGAAAUGCUGAGUCUUUACAACUAGGUUGUAAAAGUACUGCAUGAAAUAAUUGGAGAUCGGAGCGUUUGCUUCACCAAAAAGAUGAUGUUUUUUAAAAUUACAUAAAACUCUAAAUCUUAUUUUCACUCCAUGUAAUAAUAUUAUAAUAUUCGAUUCCGAGGUUGUACGGAUCGAUUGCUCAACCUAACCGGCAGCGCCAACGGCGGCGUGUAGCUACUCGUACUUUAUUAUAAUAGUAUACUUAUCAAACUUUGUUGACAAUUCCCGUCUCAUCAAAAACAAACAUUAUGGAAGAUAACUAUUAUACAAUAUACGAGGUAAAUACGGCAUGUUUAAUGAAGUUUUCAACUUCAUUACAGCAGACAUAAUAAUGCGAAUAAUAAACACCAUCUUGAAACUAUAUUUGAUCCUGUUUGAAUAUUGUAUAGAAUAGGUCGGUAAUAAUAUUAUAAUUUCAUGGUGCUCUAUAGUUUUGUCGAUUUCGUGUUUCGAAGACAUAUUGAUUAUUCGCUGUAUAGUACAAUAUUAGAUUUUGAUCGCACUGAGAAAUGUAUUGGUUUCACUAUGAUGUUAACUUUUUUCUUAACUUGUUUUUCUGAAAGCUUUUUUUUAUAGAAUUUUGGCUCUAGUAGUAGGUGCAUUGAGGUGUUCGUAUUUUGAGAAUCGUUGAAUUUUUGUUAAAACUUUAGAAAAAUGAGAACAUUUAUGGAAAUAACCAUUUCUUCAUUUUCGGUUUUAUUUUUGGUUAUACUUCAUUUAAUAAUAAUCGUAAAAACCUGUAAUUUAACAUUUUCGAGAUUUUUCUUUUAUUUUUAUUUUGUAUUAUCGGGGUACAGAUAUUUUGGCCCAACAGAAAUGUUUGGAAAUUUAAAUACGAAGUUCAUUAAAAGUUGUAAAUAGUGGUGAAAAAAAGUUUUUAAUUUGACGUAUUUUUUUUUUUUUCAUAAGCGUGUUUCCAUUUAAUUUAAUAAUUUUGAUGUUUUGUUGUAAUUAUUAUACCGGUGAAAAAUAAUUGUAGUAACCUGAAAUAACUUUCACAGAAUAUUUGUAUAUAUUAGCAUUUUCAUUUUAGACGUAGUAAAACUUUUGAAAUAUUUCAACGUUUUUUAUAGUUAUUUGUCUUUUUUUCAAUUUUACAAUAGUAAAAUGAUUCUGGUAUUUGGUUUCAUGUAAAUACUCGGAAAUUUCAAACAAAGUUCCUCAUAAUUUGUUCUGAUAUCUAUGUAAACAUGAUUACUAUCCGUAUUCAAGAUUUUUUUUCUAAGCAUUUUAAAUUUUAAUUUAGAUUUUGACCCAAUUUUUACAAAUAAAUAUCUAUAUGUGUUUCGAAUUGCAUUUUAUUUGUCUUUAGUUUUUGGACUAUUCGGUAUUUUAAGUACUAAUUACUUUUGUAAAUGUUUUAUUUCUCCAUUUUUUUUUCUUUUAUAGCAAUUUAGAUAAUUUUUUUUUUGUCAAUCGACGUAAAAAGCGAGUUCUUAAAACAUAUUUUAAUUCAGCGUGGAGUGUGCAUGAGAUCAGCCAUACUACUUUUUUAAACUAAAUUUAAAUUUGUAUACAUUUUUCGAAAUUAAGUUCUGGAAUUCGUAAAAAUAGUGUGGCCGAUUUCAUGUAAACUAAUACACACUCCAAGAUUAAUUUAAUACCUAUUUCAGAACAUUAAUCGCUUUAAUAUACAUCGAUUGGAUCGAAUGAAAGAACGGUUUUCACCCUGAACCGUAUGGAAUCGUAUUUAAGGAGAAUAAUUAGCUAUAAGUAGGUUAACCAUGGCUACAAAAAGUAAAAAGCAGAAAUGAAUGAAUAUAUUAUAAUAACCGUCUUUGAUCAAAAUUCUCUUAUGAAGAUGCAGUUGUCAGAGAAGUGGAUAUUUUGUAUAAUUUAGUAUGGUUACAAUAUAUUAUAUAUCAAUAAGACACAUAUUACCUAUACAUAGUAUAUGAGUAAAUGCAUAUGAUUCUCAUUUCAUUAUUAAAUUGUUUUUUUUUUUCAUAUUUUUUUGUUUAAACUAUACAAAUUAAAACGCAUUAUUGAUGAAAAUAUUUGUCUACAUUUUUUUUUUUUUUGCGGUUUGCCGGAUCGAACUCCUCAUCUUCGCUUAUGAUUCAAACAUUUAUGUAUAGCCCCUCUUCUUUAAUACGAAAUCCAGGCUACGCCACUGUACAUAGUAAUAAUAAACGACAGUCGUAGUCAUAAUAUUUUAUUGUGUACAGGUACUUAUAAUUAUAAUAUAGUCAUUUAUAAUCGGAUAAAUCUUACGAUGUACGCGAUGAUGUUUUAAAAUUAUUCCGAAUACCAGCUGCUAUGUGUACAUAAUACGCUUAUAAUAUCGGGGACGCUGUAUUAUCGUGACCCAUAAUUAUUAUGUUAUAUUACGUCGAUAAUUUACAUUUCACGUAGGUGAAAUAUAUAUCUAUACACACCAUAUAAUUACGAUGACGCGCAAAGGUUCGGUCAGUUCGCGGUACGUACCUAUAAUAUUGAUGAGCUUAAUUAGUAGUAAUUUUUGUUUUUUACCGUACCAUACCGUUUUGAAAUAAAUAAAAAAAAAAAAUAGUGUCCAUGGAGGUCGUCAGAUCAAACGGUGAAACGUUUACCCGGGUCUCGAGUAGUUUGUUCUCAGGAUAACAGAAAAGUAAAAAAUCCCCGGAAGAAGUGAACACAUUUUCGCCUCUGAUAUAGUACCCGUCGCGGUUUUCCAUAAAAAGUCGAGGAUAAUUUCCGACGUGAGCUGAAUGUGACCAAACCGAUAUUGAAAUACAUUUGAAGUCAUGAUUUUCUUAGAUUAUUAAAAAUUCAGGCAUACGAGAGAAAAACUGACGCCGUACACAUUUGAUCUUUUAAACAACUUUUUUAAAUCACGAAUUUGGUAUGAAAAGUAGAGCGUUGCUAUUUAGAAAUCUAAAGGUGGCAUUUGUGUUUACGAUUUACGGAAUAAGGAUAACAUUUUGUGAAUAUUGUAUGUACGAUUUUUAAACGAUUACUGAAAAACCGCAAAAAUAAAUUGUAGUCAAAAUCUUCGUUGGUAAUUGCUGAAUCAUGAUAAAAAAAAAAAAUCACCCUGUAUUUUCGAGGAUGUAACUGAGCGCAACAAUUAUGUGCAGCAGUUGGCUACAACGAUCCAUGUCAAUGUCGCGUUUUUAUUAUAAAGGAUACCUACUGUCGACCCUUAUCUAAAAAAAACGUAAUAAUUCACGAUUUUGCAUGGGACAACACAAGUCGUGUGUAUUUUUUUAUUUUAUUAUUCUGAGUUGAGCGAGGAAGCUAUUAGUUUUACUAAGAUGUGCAGGUUUUUUUUUUAUUGGUAGGUAAAUUGGGUUAGAUAAAAUGUUUAAAAAACUAAAAUGUCCGUUCUGUUCUAUUCUGGAUCGCUUUUCGUUUGAAAAAAAUUAUCACUCCUAUUUCUAUGACACGUCUACCCAUAUUUUUUUGUGUAAUUAUAAUGUGGUAUACAAAUGGAACGAAGUACAAUUUUUUUUUUUGUCAAUUAAUUUUUUUGAUACCGAAAAUUCGUUGACUUAACCUAAUCUAUAACUCAUGCUACUAUAGAUGGCAGGCGUCUCGUGGUGGCUUCUGUGUUCUGGAUGGGCAUCCGACUGUUUCUUGGGCCGUCUGCGUUGGCCCGAGGUGUGCCGAUGGUUAUGUCUAGCCGUCCUGUUUCCCGUCGACUACCAAGUGUUUUUCUUCACUUGUUUAGCCGCAUCUCGAAAACGCCAGUGGUUGGAAGCAUUUAACCGGGGCCGGUUUAUCGUUACCGUAUACCAGGUAUGUAACGUUUACUAUAACCUUCCGAUGUACAGUCUAAAAUAUAGGACCCAUAAAAUCUUUUUUCGAUUACGGUGUGCCGAGAGGCCACAUAUCAUAAAAUACAAAUUAACCUGUAGUAUAAUAGACUGUAUAUGGCGAACGAUAGUGUGCGUAUUUAUAUUUAUGUACUCAAAUAUGCAUUUGCAGUUUAUUAGAUGGAAUAACAUAAUAUGGUCGUUUUUGUAAAUUUCGUGACUGUUCCAGGGCGAUUUCUACGACUUUCGGCUGGUCGACUACGCUGAAUAUCUAGACGGUUUGGCGAAAAAACACCAACGGUCUAUAUCGAAAAGACUCGUGUGCGAGUUCGAUCUGAAUUAAAAUGUUUUGUGGACUUACCCUCGACCUAAUAAUGCAUCUGUGCAGUACGCGUCCCGUAUAAAUAUGUAUGUUUUAUGACGACCCCGAAACGAUGACGACGCUACGAGGACAGCGAUUAUUGGGAUUUCGAACCCAUCUGGCCGUUUGAAUAUUUAAAUUAUAAUAUUAUAAUAUAGUUUCUAAAUUAUUGACCUCUAGUGUACACGCGUAAUCGAGUUAAGCGAGCAUAUAUUAUUGUAAUUUGACAGCUUAGUAUUAUGAAUAUUUCGACGCGCGUACGCAAGACAAAUAUUGAUCGGAUCGCCGUUAUUGUUAUAUGUACCUAUAUGCAGACACUCAAAAACAAUCACAAUUUUUUUUAAGUGCCUUUAUACAACUAUACAAAGAUAAUUGUUAGUUUAAUUUUUUCGAGAGCUCCGCAAACAUAAUUCCGAGACUUCUGUAUAAAGUUUUCCAUCCGAUAGUGACGUAGGUACACACGUGUGAUGUAAAUACGCUAUUUAAAUGUUAGGUUUUAUAAGUUUGUACAAUUUAAAAAAGAAAAAAAAAUUUUUUAUGAUUUAAUUUGUUAAAUGUCUAAAAGUGAGUAUUACAAUUGUCAAUGACGACGGUCAGUCGUAAGUGUAAUAUUUUCUCGUUUUUCUCUUUUUAUAGCGUUUAAAUACUCGGAACGAAUUUAAAUAUUAUAUCUGUAGAUAAAACACUGCAGAAUUAUUUUCAAACGGAAACCUAAAAUAAUUCGUCAGAGCGCAAUAAUUAUUUCGAAAAUAAACAGAAAUAGAAACAUCGUAUAAUGGAAAUAUAGUUAAGUAUAAUUUAAACGAAACUAUACGGUUCUGAACGGAGCUUGGUUGAAUCGUAACAUGAAUCUCGAAUAAUAUUUUUAAACACAGUCAAUAAUUAGACGGUACAAUAAUAAUUAUAAUAUAUACUAGUUUGUAAGUGUAAAG